CACGAGAAGGUGGACUUCCUGAAGAGACUGGAGGAAGACCAGGAGGAUCUGAACGAGUUGAUGAGAAGAAGCACAAAGCUCUGAUCGCUCAGUCCUCCAGCGAUAUCUCUCAGAUCAGAGAGGUGCAGGCGGAGCUGGAGGAGGUGAAGAAGGAGAGAUACGUCCUGCAGGAGGAGUUGCAGCAGCGUGUUUCCAGGGUGCAGUUCCUUGAGUCCUCCACUGUGGGGCGCAGCAUCGUCAGCAAACAGGAAGCCCGAGUGUGUGACCUGGAGAACAAGCUGGAGUUUCAGAGAGGACAGGUCAAGAGGUUCGAGGUGCUGGUGUUGCGUUUGAGGGACAGCGUGGUGCGUUUAGGGGAAGAACUGGAGCAGAGCGCCGAGGCCGAGGCGAGGGAACGAGAAAACGCCAAAUACUACCAGCAGCGUCUGCAGGACAUGAGGGUGGAGGCGGAGGAUCUGGUCCAGAGAGAGCAGGGCAGCAGCCGCAGGCGCAUGGAGCUGGAGAUGCAGGUGGAGGAGCUGAGCGCCGUCAGACAGGCAUUACAAGCCGACCUUGAAACAUCGAUCCGUCGCAUCGUUGACCUUCAGGCGGCGCUGGAGGAAGUGGAGUCGAGCGACGAGAGCGACUCUGAGAGUGUGAGAACUGCUGUGACGUCCUUGGGUCAAAAGAAAGACCUCGACUCGGUCUCUAGCGUCGGGACAGAGGACGUUGGAGAGGGGAUCCGUCAUUGGUUAGGAGUUCCCAGAGGGGGGUCCCGUGGGGCGGGGUCUCCCAACGGCAGCAGUACCAUCAGCAGCCAGGGGGGGCGCCAGUCUUUGGCCGACACCAUGAGCACCUACAGCUUCAGGUCUUGUGAGAAUCCCGAUGAUGAUGACGGCUCUGAGUUGGGGGGCAGCAGGGCUGGAGGCAGCAGGGCUGGAGGGGGGGGCAGCAGGGCUCCGAGUCGGGCCCCCUCCUCCUCCGCCCUCUCAGAGCUGCUCGACGGCCUCCGGAGACGCAGAGCCGGCGGAGACGCAGACGACGGAUCCGGGAGCGCCGUCUCUCUUCCCGUUUAUCAAACAACCGCCGCCUCCACCCUCAGACGCCGAGCCUCCGCCCUUUCUCUCGGCCCCCGGUGACCUCCAGGAGCCCCGAUCCAGC